AUGCCGCACAAACACACGCGCAAAGGCGAUGCAGACAAAUCGACAACCGACCUUCCACCCACCACAAUCGCCAGACCCCUCCCAACCUCCAAAUCCGCCAAAGAGAACGGCAUCUUCACCUCCGAACUGAACAGCACAGGAAAGAACAAGAAGCGGAAGCGGAACAAGGAUGCAGAAGAUGAUACGCCGAAAGCGUUUUUGAGGCUGAUGGCGUUCCAGCAGGGGAAGAAAUUGCCGAAGGGGUUAGAUGAUGGGGUGAAAGAGAGCAAGGCGGCGAAGAAGAGGAGGGCUGCUACGGAGAAACAGUCCAGCGAACCCGCCGAAGAUAUGAGAGUGGAAGUGGGGGAGAGAGCAGAGGAGAAAGAGAAGGCGGAGGUCCCGACGAUUCGACCCGGUGAAAAAAUGUCUGCGUUUUCUGCUCGUGUGGAUGCUGCGCUGCCGGUUAGCGGGUUGAUUAACAAGGGUGCGAAGGAAGGGAAGGAUCCGCUUGGGUUGAAGGUUGGCAGGACGAAGACGGAGAAGAGGAUGCAUAGGAUGUAUGAUGAGUGGCGGGCGGAAGAGAAGCGGAUUCAGGAGAGGAAGAUGGAUGACCAAGAGAAUGCGGAGGAGGAGGCGAUGGAUGAGGAUGGGCAGGUGAAGUGGAAAGUUGAUAUUGAGGCUGUGAAGGAUAAGGCCGGGAAGAAGAAGAAGAAGAGAAUGGGGAAGAAGAAGAGAAUGGGGAAGAAGAAGGUCCUUGGGGAGGUAGAGGAUGGCGAAGAUGAUCCGUGGGCGAGGAUUAAGAGGGAUAGAGGCGAGGGGAAGGUGGGGCUGAAUGAUGUUGUGCAGGCGCCGCCUACGUUUACGAAUGUCCCGAACGAGAAAUUUAAGGCUAGGGGCGCGAGAGUUGAGGUUGAGGAUGUGCCGAGGGCGAGUGGGAGUCUGAGGAGGAGAGAGGAGUUGGGGAAUGUAAGGAGGGGUGUGGUUGAAGGGUACAGGGCGAUGAUGAAGGAGAGGGCGAAGGGCGAAUAG